AUGGUUUGUAUUUCUGUUGAAAAACGAGUACGAAUUUAUGGUCUUGCCCAAGAAGGUUUUCCUUCCCGUUACAUUGCCAAAAAAGAAAAUGUUUCUCAGUCUUCAGUAGUUAGAAUAUGCAAUAAAGCAGAAGAAACCGGAACUCGAAUAAAACGGUUAUCUGUAGGAAUUGCUAAUUCGGAUGAACUUUGGGAAGUAAUUCAAAAGGUUUAA